CGCCGCGGGAGUCGGCUUCUCGGGCCGAGCCGCCGCCGAGGCCGCCGAGGGAGACGGUGCGCCUGGAGCUGGUGCUCAAGGAUCCCACCGACGAGAGCUGCGUGGAGUUCAGUUACCCGGAGCUGCUGCUGUGCGGAGAACAACGGAAGCCCAUUCACACAGAAGACCCAUUUAAUGAUGAGCAUCAGGAGAGGCAAGAAGUAGAAAUGUUGGCUAAGAAGUUUGAAAUGAAAUAUGGUGGGAAACCCCGUAAACAUCGGAAGGAUCGGCUACAAGAUUUGAUUGACAUAGGCUUUGGCUAUGAUGAAACAGAUCCAUUUAUUGAUAACUCAGAGGCUUAUGAUGAAUUAGUUCCUGCUUCUCUAACAACAAAGUAUGGAGGCUUUUAUGUCAACACGGGCACGUUACAGUUUCGCCAAGCUUCAGAUACUGAAGAAGAAGAUAUCACAGACAACCAAAAGCACAAACCACCCAAAAUUCCCAAAAUAAAAGAAGAUGAUAUUGAGAUGAAGAAGCGGAAACGGAAAGAGGAAGGGGAAAAGGAAAAGAAACCAAGGAAGAAAGUUCCCAAACAGCUGGGAGUUGUGGCUCUAAAUUCCCAUAAGUCUGAGAAAAAGAAGAAACGUUACAAAGAUUCACUCUCUCUGGCUGCCAUGAUACGAAAAUUUCAGAAAGAGAAGGAUGCAUUAAAGAAGGAGUCUAACCCCAAAGUCCCAGUGAACGUAUCAGCCUCGUCUCUGAGUAAACCCCCUUCUGCUGCUGUCGCCUUGGGAAAUGAUGUUUCCGACUUAAAUCUGAACAGUGCUGAUCCGGACCUCCCCAUUUUUGUUAGCACAAAUGAACAUGAACUGUUUCGGGAAGCUGAAAAUGCCCUAGAGAUGCUAGAUGAUUUCGACUUUGACAGACUACUGGAUGCUGCUUCUGAUGGUAGUCCCCUCUCCGAGUCAGGGGGAGAGAAUGGAAACACCCCCCAGCCGACCUACGCCCCUCAGGUGAUGCCCAGGGUGGUACCUACACUCCCGGAGGGUCUACCUGUCCUUCUUGAAAAACGUAUCGAAGACCUCCGUGUAGCUGCCAAACUUUUUGAUGAAGAAGGAAGGAAAAAAUUCUUUACCCAGGAUAUGAAUAAUAUUCUUCUAGACAUUGAGUUACAGCUACAGGAAGUAGGCCCAGUCAUUCGCAGUGGUGUCUACUCUCAUCUCGAAGCUUUUGUGCCAUGCAAUAAAGAAACACUGGUGAAACGUCUAAAGAAGUUACAUCUCAAUGUCCAGGAUGAUCGUUUAAGAGAACCUCUGCAAAAGCUGAAACUUGCUGUUAGCAACGUCAUGCCUGAACAGCUAUUUAAAUACCAGGAAGACUGCCAGGCUCGCAGUCAAGCUAAGUGUGCCAAGUUGCAAACAGAUGAAGAACGAGAAAAAAAUGGAUCUGAGGAAGAUGAUGAUGAAAAGCCUGGGAAACGUGUCAUAGGACCAAGAAAGAAAUUCCACUGGGAUGACACUAUUAGAACUUUGUUAUGUAACCUUGUUGAAAUCAAAUUGGGAUGCUAUGAGUUAGAGCCAAAUAAAAGCCAGUCUGCUGAGGAUUAUCUUAAAUCUUUUAUGGAGACAGAGGUGAAGCCGUUGUGGCCUAAGGGCUGGAUGCAGGCAAGAAUGCUUUUUAAGGAGAGCCGGAGUGUACAUAAUCAUCUCACUUCUGCUCCGACAAAGAAAAAGGUGAUUCCUGCAUCUAAACCCAAAGUGAAGGUGACCAUUCACAUCUUUCCUCUGCUUUCUUUUCCCAAUGUCAUUGACUGCAGCCCAAAAAAGGACCAGAAGACUCCGGCCUCAUUAGUGGCUUCCGUUGGUCCUUCAACGAGCUCCAACACGUCGGCUGUGGCCUCCACCAGUUCCAGCUCUACGCCAGCCCAGGAGACAAUCUGCCUCGAUGACUCACUUGACGAAGACCUGUCUUUCCAUCCACCUGCACUGGAUCUUGUGUCUGAAGCAUUAGCUGUUAUCAACAAUGGGAACAAGGGCCCUCCAGCUGGCUCUAGGAUCAACAUGCCAACUGCAAAACCUCGCCCGGGACUCAGAGAAGAAAAAUUAGCGAGUAUCAUGAGUAAGCUGCCACUGGCGACUCCUAAAAAGCUAGAGUCUACUCAGACUGCACACUCAUCAAGUCUUAUUGCUGGUCACACAGGGCCAGUACCAAAGAAACCCCAAGAUUUAGCUCAUACUGGCAUUUCUUCAGGCCUUAUUGCUGGUUCUUCAAUUCAGAACCCAAAAGUUUCCUUAGAACCUUUGCCAGCCAGGCUACUUCAGCAAGGACUACAGAGGUCAAGCCAGAUUCACACUUCUUCCUCUUCACAGACCCAUGUCUCCUCUUCUUCCCAAGCCCAAGUUGCUGCCUCCUCUCACGCUCUGGGAACAUCAGAGGCCCAAGAUGCUUCUUCGUUAACACAAGUAACAAAGGUGCACCAGCAUUCAGCUGUCCAACAGAACUAUGUGUCUCCAUUACAAGCAACCAUUAGUAAGUCACAGACCAACCCAGUGGUGAAAUUAAGUAAUAAUCCCCAACUUUCCUGUUCAUCCCCACUUAUUAAGACUUCAGAUAAGCCACUUAUGUACCGCCUUCCUUUAUCUACUCCCUCACCUGGAAAUGGUUCUCAAGGGUCCCACCCCCUGGUUUCUAGGACAGCACCCAGCACCACUACCUCCAGUAAUUACUUAGCCAAGGCUAUGGUGUCACAAAUCUCCACGCAGGGUUUCAAAUCCCCCUUCUCAAUGACUGCAUCCCCCAAGCUCGCCGCAUCGCCCAAACCUGCCACAUCUCCUAAACCCCUGCCCUCGUCUAAGCCUUCGGCCUCACCCAAGCCCUCUUUGUCAGCUAAGCCUUCAGCAUCAACUAAACUGAUUUCUAAACCCACCCCCGCCCCCAAGCCUACCGUGUCCCCCAGCUCUUCCAGCCCAAAUGCCCUCGUCGCCCAGAGUAGCCCCUCGAGCAGUAACAGCACAGUGCACAAGCAGCCCAGUGGGGUCAGCGUCAGCAGGCAGUCCCCCACCUUGAACCUACUACCCUCUAGUCGUGCUUCAGGCCUUCCGUCUGCAAAAAAUCUUCAGGCCCCUUCAAAGCUAACAAACUCAUCGUCCACUGGAACUGCUGGGAAGAAUAGCUUGAGUGGAAUUGCAGUGAAUGUACCUGCCAGCAGAGGUAGCAACCUUAACUCAAGCGGAGCAAGCAGGACUAGUCUGUCUGGGGGAACAGGAAGUGGAACACAGGGUGCUACUAAGCCGUUGUCUACUCCACACCGACCAUCCUCUGCCUCAGGGUCUUCAGUGGUGGCAGCCAGUGUGCAGUCCACAGCAGGAGCAUCAUUAUUGGCUAAUGCCUCACCUCUGACUCUCAUGACAUCACCUUUGUCUGUAACAAAUCAAAAUGUGACUCCUUUUGGGAUGCUGGGUGGACUUGUUCCAGUGACCAUGCCCUUCCAGUUUCCCUUGGAGCUACUUGGCUUUGGAGCGGACACAGCUGGAGUGACAAGCACGUCGGGAUCUACCUCAGCCGCUUUCCACCAUAGCCUAACUCAGAAUUUACUAAAGGGUUUACAACCAGGAGCUCAGCAUGCAGCAACGCUUCCCCACUCACCUCUGCCCGCACACUUACAGCAAACGUUUCAUGAUGGAGGCCAAAGUAAAGGGGACACUAAAUUACCACGGAAAUCUCAGUGACAUCCCAGCAAGCCAAGGAGAUGAGACACUCAGCUGGCUGACGGAGUCUACCUGAUGGAAAGUACUGUGUGGUCAUAGGGCUGCUGUUCUGUCGAUGUUUACAUUCUCGUCCCAAGCACUGUGGUGAGAAGGAAAAAAGAAAAGAAAACAUUACUUGAGUAAAGCCAGGUGCAGGAGGAAGAAAUGCAAAGUUAGUGACCUUUGGUUUCUUCUAAAGAAAGACAAAGUUACCAUUUUAACUGACUUGAAAAAGACUCAGUUGUCAAACCCACAGAAGUACAAAUUUGACACUCCCCUCCCGCCCCCCAGAGGUAGAAGAAAUUGAGGAUUUGGGUAAACUCCAUCCAUCUUGAGGGUUGGAUCUGAAUACUUGUAGAAGGAAUUGCAUAAUAAACGACAGUAUAUCUGGAAUUAGGCCAGCUUGUCAGGAAUAGCUCAUGUCUGUUUGAACGGACUGUGCAGCAAAUUUACCACAAAAAAAUGAAUGACCGUAUGUCCGACACAGACAGCAACAGAAAAUCCUGUACCCUCCGAAAUCCUGAACCACUUGAAUCUUCUCCAGUGUGUAGCAACUCCCUGUAUAAAUCAGUGGACUAAGGAUGCUUCAGGAAAGUUAUUUUAGCACAGUGAUAUAUAUUAUUAAAUCAUGGAGAUUUUUAAAAGUCAAGAAAUUGAGCCUGUUGUUAACAGAUGAAACUUAGAUGUCACCUUUUUGUAAAAGGAUCAAUUUCAUCUUCCAUCAGAAGCAGGCACUUAACUCCCUUCUUCAGGUGAU